AUGUCAGCCUCCAGAGAACUUCCAAGACCAGCAGAAGAUCUUCAGAAAGAAAUUGAUAGGAGGAAGGCUCAGUUCAAAUUAGGCUGGAGGGAGUCAACAUUAUACCCUGAUUGGAGGAAAGAAGAGUUCCAAGCUGUAAAUGUGACUCUUGAUGAAGCCACUGCUCAUCCCAGCCUCCUCCUGACUGAAGAGGGGAGAGGAGUAACCUUGCAAGAAAUACAGCAAGAUCUACCCAGCUCCACACAGAGAUUUGUCUCUAUUCCCUGUGUGCUGGGUCAGCUACAAAUCUGUGCGGGGAGAUACUACUGGGAGGUGGAAGUUGGGGACCUGCAUUCCUGGGACCUGGGAGUUUGUAGGGAUAAUGUAUCAAGGAAGGGGACUUUCCAAAUGUCCCCACAGAAUGGUUUCUGGGCCAUUAGACUCUACCAGGAGGAUUACUGGGCCCUUACCAUCUCAGAAACUCAUCUUACUCCAAGAGAAAAACCCCUUAGUGUGGGGAUAUUCCUGGAUUAUGAGGCUGGAGAUGUAUCUUUCUAUAAUAUGACAGAUGAAUCCCACAUUUUCACAUUUUCCAAACAGACAUUUUAUGGUGUCCUAAGACCACUUUUCAGACUUUGGUCCCCUGACUCUGGCCCCUUGACCAUUGUCCAGCAUGUAGGUGUAAGAAAGCCGCAGCAAGAUGAAGAGAGCGCCAGAGCGUUAAGAGGCUUUACUGGGCAAUCGCUCCCGGACAGAGCUCCCAGGGCCGAGCAGGGGGGAAAGCGGGAGUCUGCAACCUGCGGGAAGGGGGGCGACACCUAUAUACCCUGGAGGAUAGGAAGUGGCGGGACCUUUCCAUAUAUGUUUUUGAUUGGCCAGAGUCUUGGCGCCUUCACGUCCAUCAUUCUGCCUGGCAACGGGCUGUUGAUUGGUGGAUGUCUUAUCUGGGACUUUCUGGUGGGGGCUUCUCCAUCAGCAUUUUCCGGCUGGCGCUUUCCCGCCUGCGGUCAGCGUGAACUUUCAUCAGGCACUUCUCAUACCUCCUUUGGGAAGGAAGAUGAGAAUGAUAGCAGGACUGUGAUCAGGCAGAGCUUCCCUUACUCCCUUGUGCUGGUGCUGUCAGAUGGGGUUACCUCACUCACAGCACAGGGCCCAGGAGAGAAGCUCCUCCUCAUCCCAACCCCUCCUUGA